AUGUCCGAUCCCUUCGUAUCGAAGGAUGAUGCUUCCAGUGUCUAUAGCCGGUCGCCUGAAUCGCCGAAACUGCCAUCACUAGAGGAAGUGAUACCUCCUUUCAAGUUCAACCUUCCUGAGAUCAACACCCUUGAUCACCAACUUGCAAUGUCUCACGGGACCAGUAUGGCCUUAGAAACUACGCGAUCUCGGUUGCAGCGGUCCAAGAGCAGACACAGAAUGUCGUUACCCGAGCUUCGAGACAGUAAGCUUCGCCAGUGGGAACAGCAAUGGCAUGAAAACGAAUUUUACGCUUCUUGCCGAGAAAAUUUUCUCAGUCUGUCAAAGGCAGCAUUGGAGGUCUCCCAACAGCUCAUACUGCAAUAUCACUUUGAGCCUGAGGUGAAUCCAGUGGGCAACAUCCGCCUGCUGCAAGCAAUCCAAGCUUUGAAGGCCUCGCUGGACGAAUCUAAACGGCGAGAGCUUGAGGCAGAACAAAAUUGGAAGCGAGAGUGGAGGGUUAUUCGUAUCCAACGGUCCCGAAAUUCAUGGAUCUAG